CCCAGUGGCUGUGCAUAGCUGUAAGGCUGCAGCGGAUGUGUUCUACAUGUACACAUAUUCUAGCUGUUCGUCCCACAACUCGCUGCCCUCGCUUCGUCGGCACUCAGGAAGGCAGUCGUCGCAGCCAUGCCACCGUUCAUUAAUAACCCGUUGCCUUCCUCCAUGCGGAGUAUGUAACCCCAACAUCACCGCUGCCCGCUUCGUACUCCCCCACCCAAUGGUCGCAAGAGGCUCUAAGCUGUAUGUGUGGUACGCUGACCAUACGCGACCACAGGUGAGUGCAAAAAAUGCGGCCGCAUCCUCGCAUCCUUCGUCGACCCACGACAAGCCUUCGGUCCGGACAAGAUUAUCCCACCGACGAUCCUACAAAAUGCGAAAGGUCUUGCCAUCAUGACGGUCUUCAAAGCCGGGUUUCUAGGCUCAGGUCGUUUCGGUUCAGGAGUCGUAGUGGCAAGACUAUCCGACGGCACAUGGUCUGCGCCCUCAGCCAUCGGCACCGUUGGAGGCGGCUUCGGCGGGCAGAUCGGCUUCGAACUUACCGACUUCGUCUUCAUUCUCAACGACGCCAACGCGGUCAAAACCUUCGCACAAGUCGGCUCCCUCACCCUUGGCGGCAACGUCUCGAUCGCAGCAGGACCGGUCGGACGGUCCGCGGAAGCAGCCGGCGCAGCCUCUCUCAAAUCCGUAUCCGGUAUCUUCGCAUACAGCAAAACCAAAGGUCUCUUCGCAGGCGUGUCACUUGAAGGCUCCGCCCUCAUCGAGCGAAGAGACGCGAACGAGAAGAUGUACAACCAGAAAUACACCGCCCGGCAGCUAUUGGGCGGCAACGUGCCCGUCCCGCCGCAAGCGGAACCAUUGAUGCGCGUACUCAACAGCAGGAUUUUUGCCGGUGUGGGUGGCAGCUACAAGGACGACGCCAUGUACAACGACGUCCCCAUCUACGACGACGCGCAGGAAGACGUAGUGUGGCAAGGUAGGGCCGGCUCGGCGUUUGGCGAGGGUGUACGGCAAGACCGGACUGGUGGUGGUAUGGCGUCGCCCACGGGAGACGAGUACGAAUACCGCGAUCGACCUACUCGCGCCAGCACGUGGGCGGAUGACCCCUACGACCGCGCGUCCAACCGCUUCAGCCGCGCGAAUCCGAACGAGACGUUCGAUCGGCUAGAGAACUCAAGACAACGUUCUUCCACGUUUGGCGAUCAGUCGGACUACAACUUCUCGGAUCGGAGAGGGCCGGCGCCUGGACGGCCGUCAGCGCCCAAGCCCGCGUUUGUGUCAAGGCCUAGUGCAGGUCCUGGCCAGGCUGUGGCGAAAUUCACAUUCGAUGCGGAUCAGCCUGGUGAUCUGGGGUUCAAAAAGGGCGAGAUUAUUACGAUUAUCAAGCGGACGGAGAAUGAAGCGGAUUGGUGGACGGGGAGGAUAGGGAAUCGGGAAGGCAUUUUCCCGAGCAAUUAUGUGGAGACUGUGUGAGAGCUGGUAGGGUAGAGACCGGAAAGGACGUCGUGGUGAACGACGCUAUGGCGAAAGGACUUGCUUCCGGAUGACGCGGUACCCACGGCGUAAGCGUGCUUCGAGCCUCGCAUAAGGCUCUGGAAUGAUGACGAAGAUUGCAUGGCGUUUGAGAGGGAGUACCAGAAAUGUGCAUAUUGUAGCCUUGUCGAAACUGCAAAUCUUCCGCACAACCCCGGACGGGUAUUGAGAGUAAUGCAGCGAGUUACAACAAAAGGGGGAGUGACAAGCUUGUGUCGUACAUGGCUGGUGUUGUGUGCAAGCCCGGAUACCUUCUCCAUUACUCCCCCGCCGAUAUAAAGAUCGCGACCAACGUGAAGCG